ACCCGACAUGCACAGAUCAGCAGCUGACAAUACACAAUACCAAAAGUCUCCUGCUAAAUUAAAUUUUAGUCAAUUUUUCUGCUAUAAAUUUAACAUAAAUUGAGUACAAUAUUUUCACCAUCGGACCGUCAUUCAACACGUAAUAGAAAAUGACAAAGGAAUCAGACGGUGGUUCUACUUUCGAGAAAAAUGGGACCGGACACAUUUUACAAGACUUACUCUCCUCUAAGGUCGUUCUCCAGAGGUCAAAUUUUAUCCCCACCAACUUUCCCGUGAAAAUCGAGGAGGAAAACUCAUACCCAGAAGUAACAUCGUCCCCCUGUUCAAUCUGCACCGAAUCUGGGACAAAUAUGCGUCCUCUCGCCGUCCAAGAAACGGAAAUUCUCGCCAAAUUCGUUCUAAAUCAGGAGCAAAUUUCUCUCAUUUUACAAACCGAAGAUCAUCCGCCAAUAUUUUGUUGCAAAAUUUGCUCCUCCGCGAUCCUCUCGUUGGCCAAGUUGUCCAUGGAAAUAGAAAAUAUCACCAUUUCUCUCCGUGCCGUCAUCUCCAGCAGGAACGGAGUGUUCAAUAAAGCGCGAAAUGAAAUUAUUGAAUUUCCCCACCAAGUCGGCUAUGAGGAUGACCAACAAUUAACCCGAUUUCUGAAGAGGAGGAGGAAGAAUUCUCCGUAAAAGUCGAGCCAACGUACGACGACGAAAUCACGUUUGACCCUCUCUACGAACCAAAAUCGGCGUCAGAAAUUGAGGACGAGUUCCGAGUUGCAAAUUCUGAUGCCCUUCCGAAAUCAAAAUAUGUCUGCAAAAUAUGCCAACCCAACGUCACAUUCGCUAAAAAUCAUCCCCUUUUACGCCACCUGAGGAACAAGAAUAUGCAUCGAGGCGUUUCCGAGGCUGAUAUUGCGGCCGCAUUGAAGACAGCACAGCGAAAGCGCCUCGUCCCCCAAAAACGUCCCUUUCCAUGUCCAAAAUGUGACCAGAGUUUCGCCUCGCCCUUCGGGUUACGCCAGCACAAUCGCAGCUCUCACGACUGGGUCCCUUACCGCCGGAAGUGUACCCUUUGCCCGAAAGUCUUCACGAAGCUGACCUUAUUGCAGAGGCACAUGCACAAAGCGCACAAUGCCCCAAUCCCGCGGCAAGAAACGCGUCAUUCCUGUGCCAUGUGUUCGAAAACCAUGACCACCUUCGCCAGCAAGCAAUGCCACGUGGAACAGUUCCAUUUCCCUGACAAGACGUCCUGUCCGUACGGAUGUGAAGCCAAGAUUGACUCGGAGGCUGACUGGGUGACGCAUUUGGAGGGGUGCGACUCUCCGAAAAUAAGUGACGAGUCGGAAUGCGCAUGCAAAUAUUGUCCCGCCGUGUUUCGCAGCAUCCUCCUGGAGAUGGAACAUCACCUGCGCGCGCAUCCCGAAAACACGUACUCGUGCCCCACUUGUGCGCAACGAUUCACCCGCCAAUCUGUCCUCCGAGUGCACCGCUGUCCCAAAAAUGCCGACACGGAAGUGAGAAAUUUCGCGAGACCAGAUGUCGCCCCUGUUUCAAUAUGUGUUGCCUCUCCUCACGUUUCCGAGUUUCCCCCCAAAGUCGCCCCUGCCGACGAGCAGAUUUCUAACAAUGGGGACGCCCAACAAUUAACCGGAUGCCUUGCAGAGGAGGUGGAAGAAUUCCCCGUAAAAGUCGAGCCAGACGACGAAACCAGGUCUGAUCCGCUCUAUGACCCACCAGAAAUGUCUCAAAGCGAGUCCGAGUCUGACGCAGAGGUUGCAAAUUCCCAGUUCGCCAAAUUCGAAUCGAACCAUGUGUGCAAAAUAUGCAAACCUAACGUCACCUUUGCGACACGUGCCACCCUUCGGCGCCACAUGAGGAACAAGAAGUUUCAUCGCGAGGUUGACAUUGUUGAAGACCAAAGAAUUUCUGCAGGAAAGAAAUUUGCGUGCAAAUUUUGUAACAUAAAAUUCGCCAGAAACCAUGGACUCCUCCGGCAUUUGAGGAACAAGAAGAUACAUCCCGACCUUUCCGAGGUGGACGGUUCGGCACCCGAAUUAGAAAAUUCCCAAGGGGACACUGAAGCCACCAACCACGUGUGCAAAAUGUGCCUCCCUAACGUCCCCUUUACCAGCAGGGUCGCUUACGGCCGCUACUUGAGCAACAAGAAUAUUCAUCCCGGCCUUUCCGACGAGGACAUUGCGGCGGCACUAACUAAGGAUAAGCGGAGGAUACCACGAGGCGUCCCUCUAAAGCAGAACCUGUUUCAAUGUCCCGCUUGCGACAAUCGUUUCUUUUCCAAAAGUCGGUUAGCCCUACAUCGCCGCCACGUGCACGACUGGACCCCUUUCCGUCGCAAGUGCCCCCACUGCUCCAAAACUUUCGUGGACUUACACGCCUUGCAGAGGCACCUGCACAAAUCUCACGACGUGCCAAGUAUUCCCCGCAAGAAAACGCGGCAUUCCUGUGACCUGUGUGCAGCCACCUUCACCACGUGGGGGAGCAGGGACCGGCACGUGGAGCUGGCCCAUUUUCCGGACAAGACGUCCUGUCCGUACGGAUGUGAGGUCAAGAUUGACUCCUCGGAAGCGACCUGGGUGACGCAUUUGGAGGGGUGUGAAUCCCCAAAAAUGAGUACAGAAUCGGAAUGGGUUUGCAAAUAUUGUCCCGCCGUGUUUCGCAGCGUCCUUCUGCACAUCGCGCACCGCCUGCGCGUCCAUCCCGAAAACACGUUAUCGUGUUCCACGUGUGCGCAAAUAUUUACCAGCAAAGCCGUCCUCGAUAACCACCAUUGCGCCAUCCUUGGAAACUCCGCGGCACCGAAAAAGUCCGAAAAAUCGGGAGCGAAAUUUAUGUGCAAAAUUUGCCAACCGAACGUCACCUUUACCACGUCGAAGAUCCACAUGCGCCACAUGAGGAACAAGAAUAUUCACCAGGACAUUGCAGCUGCGCAUGUGGCCGAGGUCGAAAGUCGUUUACAGUCGGGGACGAAAUUUGAGUGCAAAAAAUGUGGCGUAAAAUUCACCCAUAUUAGCACCCUCUACAAGCACAUGAGGAAUAAUAAUAUGCAUCCUGACAUUCCCAAAAUUUCCGGAUCUACGGGAAGCACGAGACGCGACGCUACAAAUCAGCAAGCAAUCCAUUGUCCCAAAUGUGACCAGAGUUUCUCAUCUCAAUUCGGCCUGCGCCAACACAUGGGGCAAAUUCAUGCCGGGAUUACACGGAAAUGCCCCCAUUGCCCGAGGCAGUUUACGCACUUGGCUUUGUUGCAAAAGCACACGCAACAAUGGCACAAAGUCCCAUGGACGAACACCAACUCAUCAAGGGAACGGCAUUCUUGCGACAUGUGCGAAAAAACUUUCGCCAAAAAGUAUGGCCUCAUUUGGCACGUGGAGUUGGUCCACCUGCCCGACAAGACGUCCUGUCCGUACGGAUGUGAAGCCAAGAUUGACUCGGCGGCUGACUGGGUGACGCAUUUGGAGGGGUGCGAAUCACCAAAAAUGAUUUCAGAGUCGGAAAACUUUUGCCAAUUCUGCGACGCCGUGUUCCGCAACACACUUCUGCGGAUGGAGCACCACCUGCGCCAACAUCCCGACAAUUCUUGCUUUUGUCCCGUUUGUAGGACAGGAUUUACCUGUCAAUCCGCCCUUUAUAAGCAUUUAAAUAAUUGUAAAAUCAGCAGUUCUAACUCAUUAUAAAUAAAUAUCUAAUUGAGAAAGAAACAUGAAAA